UUUAAGGAUAACCUAAACAAAGUAUAUGAAGCCAUUGAAGAGUCAGACUUCCUGGCCAUUGAUGGGGAGUUUUCAGGGAUCAGCGAUGGGCCUUCUGUCAGUGCAUUAACCAAUGGCUUUGACACUCCAGAAGAAAGGUAUCAGAAACUUAAAAAGCAUUCCAUGGAUUUUUUGCUCUUUCAGUUUGGCCUUUGCACUUUUAAAUAUGAUCACACAGAAGAAAAGUAUGUAAUGAAGUCAUUUAAUUUCUAUAUUUUUCCAAAACCCUUUAACAGAAGUUCGCCAGAUGUCAAGUUUGUCUGUCAGAGUUCAAGUAUAGAUUUUUUAGCAAACCAGGGAUUUGAUUUUAAUAAAGUUUUUCGCAAUGGAAUUCCAUAUUUAAAUCAGGAAGAAGAAAGACAGCUAAGGGAACAAUAUGAUGAAAAACGUUCUCAGGCCAAUGGUGCAGGAUCUCUGUCAUACAUUUCUCCUAGUGCCACAAAGUGUCCUGUAACAGUUCCUGAAGAUCAGAAAAAAUUCAUUGAGAAAGUAGUGGAACAGAUAGAAGACUUAUUAAAGAAUGAAGAAAAUGAAAGUUUGGAAUUGGAGCCAUGUACAGGAUUUCAGAGGAAAUUAAUUUAUCAGACCUUGAGCUGGAAGUAUCCAAAAGGUAUCCAUGUUGAAACUCUGGAGUCAGAUAAGAAGGAGAGAUUUAUUGUUAUUAGUAAGGUAAAUGAAGAAGAACGAAAAAGAAGAGAACAGCAGAAACAAGCAAAAGAACAGGAAGAAUUGAAUGAUGCAGUAGGAUUUUCCAGAGUUGUUCAUGCCAUUGCUAAUUCUGGCAAGCUUGUUAUUGGGCACAAUAUGCUACUGGAUGUUAUGCAUACCAUACACCAGUUCUAUUGUCCCCUACCUGAUGACCUAAGUGAGUUCAAGGAAGUAACAUCAUGUGUCUUUCCCCGGCUAUUGGAUACUAAACUGAUGGCAAGUACACAACCUUUUAAGGAGAUCAUUAAUAAUACAUCCCUUGCAGAGCUGGAAAAGCGUUUAAAAGAGGUUCCGUUCAGUCCUCCUAAAGUUGAAAGUGCAGAAGGGUUUCCCAGUUACGAUACAGCUUCCGAACAACUUCAUGAAGCAGGAUAUGAUGCAUACAUUACUGGGCUGUGCUUCAUCUCCAUGGCUAAUUUCCUAGGUUCGUUCCUCAGUCCUCCGAAAAACCAUGUGUCUGCUAGAUCAAAACUCAUUGAACCUUUUUUUAACAAGCUAUUUCUUAUGAGAGUAAUGGACAUACCAUAUCUCAAUUUGGAAGGACCAGACU